CUUAGGAAUAUUUCUAACUACGUGUAUUUUUUAGGGUAUUUUUACAAAAUACAAAUUACAUUGUCGAUCCUGAUAGUAACAGUUAACUCCUUACAUACUUCAUUAGAGGAGAAGUACUUUAGUGGCUCCAAGUGAUAGAACGUGUAAUACUUACAAAAGAUUUAUUUUCAUUCAAACUUGAGUAAUUGUAAUGAUUUAUCUAUUGACUUUUAUAGCACAACGUAUGUUACCAAAUAAGAGUAUUUACUGAAGUUAAAUACAAAAUAGAGCUUAAUAUUUGGAUAAAGGUGACUCUGAUAUUGCAAAGUCAAUACCUUGCUUCAAAACAAUGAAUGAGGCUGAAAGAAAAAUUCUGGCAUCACCAGAACAGGAUGCUGAACAAGUAUUACUUGGAGUAAAUCCAGAAACAUCAAAUACAAAUACAAAUACAAAAGAAGAAAAUGAAACAAAGGAUAAAGUACAUACACAAACCAAAAGAAAGCGUUCUCCAGAUGCAGAACCAUCUGAGAAAAAAAGAAAACAUGAUAUAGGACAAAAUCUUAUCGAUACUUCUAAUUUAAGUAUUGAUAAUAAUAAGGACACAAAUGAAUCAUUGAAAACUAGAAUACAUAGUGACAAUACGCUAUUAGUUGCUAGACAUUAUAAUUCAUUAGGAAAUGAAGGGAGCUUCCAUAGAAAGCAAAGUCGAAUUUUAUAUAUGAGAAAUUUUAACAAUUGGAUAAAAAGCAUACUUAUACUUGAAUAUGCGGAUAAAAUAAAACAACAUACAGUACAUGGGUAUCCCAUAAAGGUAUUGGAUAUGUGCUGUGGUAAAGGUGGAGAUCUAUUUAAAUGGGAAAAAGUAAAAGUAUCACAUGUAAUUUGUGCUGAUUUGGCCGAAAUAUCUAUAGAACAAUGUCAGGAUCGUUAUAAAGAACUAACAAAAGUGUGGUAUAAUAAAAGACGAAUUGCUCCUGUAUUCACUGCUGAAUUUAUAGCAGCAGAUUGUACAAAGGUUCAUUUAAGGACAAAAUUCAAGGAUCCCAGUAUACAACUUGACUUUGUGAGCUGCCAGUUUGCAUUUCAUUAUUGCUUUGAAACAUUACAACAAGCAGAAUGUAUGAUGAAGAAUGCCAGUGAAUGUUUAAAACCAGGAGGUUACUUUAUUGGGACUAUUCCAGAUGCUUAUAACCUAGUUUCUAGGUGGCAAGACUGUGAUGGCAAUAGUUUUGGAAAUGAUAUUUAUAACAUAGAAUUCUUUUGUGAUAAAACAAAACCACCACUUUUUGGUGCCAAGUAUCACUUUCAGUUAGAAGGUCUGGUUAAUUGUCCAGAAUUUCUUGUUUAUUUACCAGUGUUUCGUAAAUUAGGUAGAAGAUUUGGUUUAGAAUUAGUAAUGUUUAAAAGAUUUGACGAAUAUUACGAAUGUAAUAAGGACAAAGGUAGAUUUUUACUAAAUAAAAUGCAAGCUUUAGAAAUGUAUCCACCUAAUGAAGGAGUCAAACUGGUUGGUAAACCAGAUCAGGAUUAUCAACAUCUUAAACACCUGAAAACCUCGGAUCGUCACAAGAUUUGUAGUUUGUCACAAUCAGAAUGGGACAUUGUUACAUUGUAUGCUGUAUUUGCCUUUCAAAAAAUGAAAACUGUCUGGGAUAGCAAAGGAAAACCAGAAUAUGUAAAAUUAGAGAAAUGACAAAGUGUACAGCAUUAAUUUUAUAGCAUAGACUUGGAAUUUAAAAAAAAUAAUCAUGACUACAAAUUUGUUUAUUGUACAAAUUAAUU